AUGGAGGUGUUGAUGCGGACAAGGGCAGCAUCUACUGUGUACACGUUACUUUAUCAUAGGUUGGACCAUCAAGAGCUGGACAGAUGUUCAAAUAGUGUAUUAUACCCUUCCAUCUGUGCGAAAUGGUACGCAAGAUCCUGGUCACAGCGUCACCUGAUAGCGCGGUCCUUCUCAAAGUCUGUCGGCGCGUUCAGCGCGACUUCCAGCACUCAUCUUGUCCACAACAACUUCCAACAAGCUGCUCGCCUUACGUUCAGCAUGUCAUUGCAUACGCAAGCGUUGGCGAACACCACGGUAGAAAUCUCAGGCGACUUCGAAGAUCAUCGUGCAGACGAAUUGAGAGAGCUAGUAAACAAGCAUGGCAGGCAGGUGACCCAUUGGCGCGACAAGAAUCCUCACUAUGUGGUACAAUCGAAAGACGGCGUAGAUUCGAAGCACAUAUCGCCACGCAGCUUGUGGAGGCUGAUCGAAUCGAGGAUCGAGGCAUUGUCGGUAGCCCAAUCCACGAACAGCACGAAACAAGAUGGCUACGCCAACGCGCUGAGCAACUUUUGCAUGGCCAGUUUCAAGUUCCAACUCGAGAAAGAACUCGAGCGUGUGCCGACAUGGAUUGAGCCCGUGAUAGCAUGGAAUAUGACCGACUUACCCAAUCCUAUAAUAGAGAUACGUGGGCUGGGCAUCAUCAGCAGUCCCAUCUCUGUCAGGGAAGCCCGUUGCAUCAGCAAGAAAGGAAAACCUGUGGCCGACAGUGCUGGAGGUGAAGCCGUGCAGAUCGAUCUAGAGCUACUCAAGAUCCACAGCCCGGCCUGGGAUACCAGGCUUCAGAAAGUCACCGCCGACAUGCUCUCGGCGAUGAACCUGGGGCAGAGCGUACUGCGAUCUGUCAAGCUCCGAGGGUUAGAGGUGGUCUCGAAAUCAUUCAUCACGACCUGUCCUGUUUCGAACUUCACGCUUAUUGUUGACAUACCAUGUCAAAGGGCAGCAGGUAUACGGCAAAGUGUCCACGAAGGAUGGGCCUGGAAGGCGACCAAUCCGAAGCCCGAGUUCAUUGUCCACUUCCAACUAGUGCGACCUGGAGUGCUUCGUGAACUACAGUCGGUCAAAAGCGGCUUCUACUGCUCUCUCAUCUACGAUGUAGAUGUCGAUGUGCCGCAACCCAGUCGCCAAGCCCCAAUUGCUGCCAAGGAACAGGCACGAUUGAAGAGUUGCUUGACGAAGUGGGUGGAGCAGCAGCGAGACAGUGAAACCAUGUCUCGAACGCUCAUCCACACCUUGGGAUACUACAGCAGCAAGGUCGUUCCGGAACCUGGUAAGCUACCUGCUGGGGAGCGGUUCCUGCUGGGCGAGUUGCAGAAGCUGUGCUUGCAGCUGAAUGUCACGCUUAACCUUGGCGUUAUAGAAUUGCAGAAGUUUGGUCGAAGACGUAUAGAUCGUCACGGCGACUAUGGCAACUUCGAGGCCAACGGUGAAGAGAAAAUAGUGCUCGUGGACUUUGCCACUACCGAGGGCAAGCAGAUUGGUGCGGGCUUCGAGAUGGGUCUCGAUGACUUUAUCGACAGCGAAUUUUUCGCCGGCCUGGCUGAAGAUAACGAUGGUGAGUUCGAAUCGGAAGGAGAGGAAGAGACUGACGACUCGGAUUCGGGUAAUGAAGACCACUCGCGCAAGGGUCGAGCUCUGCGUGCGUGGGAGAGAGAUAAUCCCGAUUGGAGAGGGCGUGAUGGAGAUGGGCGCGAGUGCACCAGGUGGGAAGCUGCCAUUCAAAACAUAACACAAAUAUGGAGGCGACUGGUAAUUGUCCUGACGGCGCCAGAGAGACGUCCGGAUACAGAGUCGAUAGGCAGUCUGACGAUGUCAGAAGUUGAAGGAAGCCAGCCGCUGGCCAUGCGCGACCCGAACAUACAGUCAAAACCCGGCGAUGAUGCCCAGAACGCUACAGCCGACAGACCAGCGACAAAGAAGCGAACUUCUACUUCGUCUGCGGGAUCAGUUAAAAGGCGAAGGAAGCAGAAGCACCAUGAUGGCAAGCGAUAUUGA